AUGACUCAGCAACACAGACGAUGUCGUCCUUCAAGCCUCAUUGAUUCCCUCUUUCUCUCCUUUGCUCUCACCUUCACCACCUCUGGUCAAACACGCACACGUCAUACUUAUCUUCUCAACACUUUACCGCUAGAACAACCUCAUUUCACCAUCAUUCCGCCGAUGACAACCGAUCCCUAUUGUCGCCUUAAAGAUGAAGAGAAUGAGAAUGGAGAGGAGAUUGUAGCAGAAGUAGACACUAGGACUAAGCUUUAUUUUGGGAAUUUUCCUUAUAGUGUUGAUAGUGCACAACUUGUAGGGUUAAUUGAGGAUUAUGGUAGCGCAAAACUAGUUGAGGUUCUUUACGACAUGGACACUGGAAAAAGUAGAGACUUUGCAUUUGUCACCAUGAGUUUUGUUGAAGAUUGUAAUGCAGUAAUUAAAAAUCUUGAUGGAAAAAAGUUUAUGGGAUAG